AUGAAACCAAAUACCUCGGGCUGGCUUAGCAAGCCAUUCUUGACAGCAAUCCUACUUGGCACAGGCGGGUUUUUGUACGGAUACGACUCAGGGAUAAUAACUCCCAGCUUGGCACUCAAGUCGUUCUUGGUGUACUUUGGUAACCCCAGUGCUCCUUUGAGAGGGUCCAUUGUUUCUGUGUACCAGGCCGGAGGUACAUCUCUGUCUUGGCUGGGUAGUGCCUCUGUUGGUAUCACCAGCGACAGAUUUGGCCGGAGGAGGGCCAUUGCUUUCGGCUGUAUAUGGGGUGUCAUUGGCGGGGCGAUGAUGGCUGGCGCUGCCCACGUCGCUAUGCUCAUUACGGGUCGUCUCCUGGUGGGAUUCGCUGUUGGGACAAUAACUGGCGUAGCUCCAGUGUUCGGGGCAGAAAUUGCAAAGGUAAGCCUGCGUUGUUAUCUGACAAGCCUCGAGACACACGAGCGAGCCCGAAUCACGGCUGUCAACCAGAUGAGUAAUAAGUCGCAUCUCUUGGUUGCUUGGGGUUUCUUUGUCGCAUUAUGGACUGGAGUGGGUGAGGGCAAGUGGCACAAUCCAAACCAAUGGCGACUGGGGUUUGCGAUACAAAGCCUCCCGGCUCUCCUCCUAGGAAUCGGUGUUCUCUUCGUCGACGAGUCACCCAGAUGGUUGUGCCUUAAGGGUCGUUACGAAGAGGCUGAAAAAGCGUUUCGCAACUAUCAUUACGACGGACUCUUCGUCGGAACCUUUGUAUGGGGUGCGGCUAUGCUAUCAGGCAUAUCGUUCGUGCAGUACUACCAGACGGCCAUCUACGCCACGUUGCAAUUCAGCCAAGACCAGCAACUCCUGGUUAGCGGCCUGUACGGGUCGGUAGGCCCCGUAGCGUGCUUACUUUUCCUGUUUUUCGUCGACCGUGUCGGCCGCAAGAAAAUCCUGGUCAUCAGCUCAUCGCUUUUGUCGGUCAGCUAUUUGAUCAUAACGAUCUUGGCUGCGGUAUAUCCCGCGAGACCCGGGUUUCCCACAAACGAUGCAGCCCAGCGUGGUCUAAUUGCCUGCAUAUUUGCUGUUUCAGCAAAUUACUCUGCUCUCUUGGGACCUAUGACCUGGAUUAUUCCGCCAGAAGUCUUCACGACCGAGUUACGAGCCAAAGCGAACGCCAUCGUCCAGGUCAUCCAUUACUCCAUCAGCUUGAUCAUAACUCAGUGCUCUCCUAUUGCGCUUGCUGAUGUGGGCUGGAAGUACUACGUAGGCAAUGCGUGUCCCCAGAUCCUCUUCAUCUUAACCAACGCUCUUUGCGCUGUCAUCUUUGCGAUAUUCUAUCCCGAGACUAGAGGUAAAUCGUUGGAGGAAAUUGACGAGAUCUUUGGGGACGUCAAGGUUGUUCACAAUGCCGACUUGGGAGAAAAGGUCGGCGUUCAGGAAGUGGAAUUCCGCCAAAGGAAGUAA